AUGCGAUUGAGGGUGGUUUUACAUGUUGCACAAGCUCUAGAAUAUUGUACAAGCAAAGGCUGUUCCGUUUAUCACGACCUAAAUCCUUACAGAGUUUUAUUCGAUGAGGCCCUUGAUUUGAUACGGGACAGGAACCUUGAGAUGCUGACAGAUUCUUUCUUGGAAGGAAAAUUUUCCGAUGAUGCUAGGACUGAGUUAGUACGCUUGGCUUCUCGAUGCUUGCAAUAUGAACCCCAAGAAAGGCCAAAUCCAAAGUCAUUAGUGGCUAUUUUGACUACUCUUCAGGAAAAUACCAAGGUUCCUCCUCAUGUCUUAAUGGGCAUCUCGCCCAGUGCUUCCUUCUCACCUAAAUCCCCACUUGGUGAAGCAUGCUUAAGAAUGGACUUGACUGCCAUACAUGAGAUCUUCGAGAAUAUUGGGUAUAAAGAUGACGAAGGUGUCACCAAUGAGCUCUCAUUCCAAAUGUGGACUGACCAAAUGCAGACAACAAUAAAUUCGAAGAAAAAAGGCAAUUCUGCUUUCCGGUGUAAAGAUUCCAAAACUGCAAUUGACUGCUACACACAGUUUAUUGAAGCAGGAAUAGUAGGGUCACCAACAGUUUUUGCUCACCGCAGUUUGUCUUAUCUCAUGAGCGACUCGCCACGGGAAGCUUUGAAGGAUGCAAUGCAAGCCCAAAUCAUAUCUCCAGCCUGGCACGUACCGUCUUAUCUACAAGCCUCUGCACUUUUCGCCCUUAAAAUGGAAAAUGAAGCACAUAUAGCCCUUAAGGAUGGUUCAGCUCUUGAAGCCAGAAGGAGCAAAAGUGUUUGA